AUGCUUCCAGCUAGCCGACCGGUGAGUAUCCAGCCCAAACCGUCAGCGGGCUCAACAAGUCGCAUGGAGGUGUUGGAAAAUGGUAAAGUCACAAUAGGCACCCAUAAUAGAGAAGCACCAAACACAUCUGGCCCCGGUGCUGCUGCUGCUGAUGCUGCUGCUACUGCUGCUACUGCUGUAGAAACUGCCGCCACAGGUGCGAGCCCCGUCACAGGGACUCAACUGUCAAACACUCUACUGAUCAAGUCGAGCUCAAAGAAGAAUAACGCUGCUACAUUAGCUGGCAGUCGGGCACACUCCAUGACGUCAUCACCUGGCACGGCGGGCCUUCUAUGGCCAAGAGUAUCGGUGGUGUCAGCAGCGAGCGUCAGGGUUUUGGAAAAUGGUGAAGUUGUACUAGUCAGCCGCGAUAAUGAAGCACCAAACCCAUGUUCUGCCUCGCCAGCACACGGGGAAGCUGAAGCUGAGGGCAGAAGUUUGAGCUUGACAAGUUUCCAACUGACAACUGCAGCCCCCACCAAUAACGACGCGAGGGAGAGCGAUGCGGAGCUGCGAAUUCGGAGCGCUAUUGCAGAGUACAGCAGCAGCGAAAAGUCGUCGAUUCGCACGAUAGCAGCUAAAUACAAUAUCCCCUACCCGACGCUUUAUCGCAGGUGGCGUUCGGGAAACACUGUCUCAGCGAAAGAGAAGAAAUUAACCGAAGGUCAAGAAAAAGAACUCCUGGACUGGAUUCAAGAGCGGAUCAAGAAGGGCAACCCGCCUUGCCACGCGGACAUCCAUAAAAAAGCUGUGAGGAUAUUGAAGAAGGCGAACGCUUAUCAAGAGAAGCUAGGGAAUAAAUGGGUGGAACGCUUUGUGCAGAGACACUCGUAUCUCAAUUUGACUCGAUAUGGACACUAUCUGAGGAGAGCCAAACCGAAACCUCCUACGAGAAAGUAUGUAAAAUCGGAUCAUCAGCGAUGGACUCAAGGCGGUGCUCGAGUUCCAGUUCUAGAUAUUUCAAACAACAAUCACGCCGAGCUGCCUCAAGAUGAUGUUUCAGCUGAAGCAAGCACAGAACACUUGUUGCCACGAGAACCGGGUUCGGCUCAACCCGAACUGCCCCGCGUUCUCUUGAGUCAGCGCGGCGUUGAGAGUUUGCGUGAACGGUUACAGCAGCGGCGACAGGAAAGGCAAGAACGACAAGAAAGGAGAGCGGUCUGA